AGCAAAGCAGAGAAAAGAAGCGGGCGCGAUGGUUGGCACCGUGGUGGAUGAGUUGGCAUGGUGUCUGGAAAAUCUGGGGAGUGAAGGAUUCCAGAGGUUCCGGAGGAAGCUGAAUGAUUUUCCGCAGAUCCAGCAACCGUACAGAGUGAUCCCGAGGAACCGGCUGGAAAAGGCAGACGAGAGGGGUGUGGCGGAGCUCAUCAAGAAGCACUACGGCAAGGACUACGGGGUCCAGGUGGCCCUCAUGGUGCUGGAGGAGAUACAAGAGAUGGACGCAGCCGAGCGACUGAGGGAAGCACUCAAACAAGUGACAGAGCUUCAGAUGCCACCAGAGGGAGCAAAUCAACAACCCCAACCUGCCGGGGGCACGGACCACAGGGAGGCGUUUUUGGACCGGCACCGAGCGGCUCUCAUCAGCAGGAUGUCUCUGGUCAGCCCGGUCCUGGACGAUCUGCUGUCCGAGGGGCUGAUUAACCAGGAGAAGUACGAGACCGUCCGCAGCGUGCGCCCCGCGCAGGAGCAGAUGAGGACGCUCUAUUCAUAUUCCAGUUCCUGGAGCAACGAAGACAAGGAGAAGGUUUAUCGCAUCCUGAAGAAGCACGACGGCCCUCUCAUCGCAGACCUGGAGGGUUAGAUUGUAAGCCUUUGGGGUCAGAUACUGCCCUUGUGCGCAGUGACGGUCACACUAUUGGUGCUCUCUUACACUCUGACAUUCCUCUGUCUGUCUCUUAGCCAGGGAUUGUGAUAGAGGGGGUCUCGCCGCGCCCCCCGAUCACAGCCGUCCCAUGUGUAGGCCGUUCGUGUCUCGUAAUGAUUGUCACACAAAUUACUCCGAAGCUGCCUUAU